CGCACGGCGCAGCGAGCAGAAGCUGUAGGCAGGCAGCGGAGUUGGUACGAACAUCUUCGACUUCACGAACCAAAAACACCUCGGCUGCUCUUCAGCGGCUCUGCUCGCAAAUAUGCCUCGGACCGGCCGCUGCUUUGGAGGUAUACGCGGGAUUUAGCGCCUUAUCUGCUGCGGGGAAGAUGACUGAAUUCGGAGCAAGCAGCGCAGGAGAAAGUGUGCCUUGUUUGGAGCUGAACGGGUCUUGUGCCACAACAUAGUACUCGCAGCGGAGGCCAGCCCCAGCAGCCUGUAGCAAUCGUUAGCUGGCCGGCUAACGCUAGCUUGCAGGUGUUUUGGCUGUAAACAACGUAACAUAACUUGUAGCUGUAGUUAGCUGGCAGCAACCUCGGCUCCAACGUCUUGCCUCAACAUUGAGCUCAAUGUGCCUGCUUUAAAGUUUUUAAGCAAACGCUAAGCAGCAAGUGUUACACUUAGCAGCAUUCUUAUUAGCAGUUAGCAGCUGCUGGGUGUUUACAGGAGCAGCAGGCUGGCCACAUAGCCACAAAGCUAGCGACUUAACUUUAUUGCUACAUGUGCUUUUUUCCAUCUUUUUUUAAUAGAUAUUUUUUCCGCUGUUUAGCCCGAUUUGAUCUCGGACUCACACUCUGCUUUAGUUACUCUGCUUUUUAUUAAGUGAGCCAGUUUGUGUUGUUUCACCGUUGUAAAGCCGGGACUGACCCACCCAUAAGGACAAUUUACCCGGGGCCGAUGCUGACGGUUCAGCCCGGAUCACGGCAACACCAGGAGCCGCUUCAGCAAUGCAGCCCCAGCAGAUAUACGACUUUUCAAGUGACGAGAAUAGUCACAAAUGGAGAGGCCUCUUCGUGCAAGCUCUACGAAAGGUACAGAAGCAGGUCCACCCAAACCUGACAGCAAAGGAGGAUGCCCUCCAGUAUAUCGAGGAGCUGAUCUUGCAGCUUCUCAACAUGCUGUGUGUGGCCCAGCCUCGCACUGUGCAAGAUGUAGACGAACGCGUCCAGAAAACUUUCCCCCACCCUAUAGAUAAGUGGGCAAUUGCAGAUGCCCAGUCAGCCAUUGAGAAACGCAGGAGAAGACACCCCUUACUACUUCCUGUGGAUAAAAUACAUCCAUUGCUCAAGGAGGUUUUGGGCUACAAAGUGGACUACCAUGUGUCCCUAUACAUUGUGGCAGUGCUUGAAUACAUAUCAGCAGAUAUACUGAAACUGGCAGGAAACUAUGUUGGCAACAUUCGGCACUUUGAAAUCACCCAGCAGGACAUCAAAGUGUCCAUGUGUGCAGACAAAGUGUUGAUGGACAUGUUUGACCAAGAGGAGGAUAUUGGGUUGAUGUCGCAGAGUGCAGAGGAGCCCUUGUCCUCGGGGGAGCUCACGUAUGAUGACCUGGUGAGGCUUGAAAUCGCAGAGGAGCGGCAGUACCUGAGAGAGCUGGACCUCAUUGUCAAAGUGUUCCGCAGACACUUCCUUCACUCCAAAGUUUUCACAAACGAGGAUGUCGAGGUGGUUUUCAGUAACAUCCUAGACAUCCACGAGUUGACUGUGAAGCUGCUCGGGUUGAUUGAGGACGCUGUUGAGAUGACUGCUGAUGGCAGCCCUCAUCCGUUGGUGGGCAGCUGCUUUGAAGAUCUGGCGGAGGAGCAGGCCUUCGAUCCCUACGAGACUUUGUCUCAAGACAUCCUCGGCGGGGAAUUUCAUUCACAUUUCAACAGCUUGAUGGCACGACCAACAGUUGGCCUCUACUUCCAGUCAGUUACAGAAGGCUUUAAAGAAGCUGUGCAAUAUAUCCUUCCCCAGCUGAUGAUGGUCCCAGUGUACCACUGUAUGCACUACUUUGAGCUACUGCAGCAACUUCAAGAGCGCAGUGAAGACCUAGACGACAGAGAAUGUCUGAAACAGGCGCUUACAGCUCUGCUUAACCUUCAAUCUAGCAUGGAGCGAAUUUAUGCCAAACACCAGCCUCGACGUAAACCUGGUGAGCCAAUGUAUCGUCUGUAUAGCAGGCAGAUUCGUAGCAAACAGCUAGCCAUCAAACGCAUGAACGAGAUCCAGAAAAGCAUCGACGGCUGGGAGGGGAAAGACAUCGGUCAGUGCUGCAGCGAGUUCAUCUUGGAGGGCCCGCUUAUACGUGCAGGUGCUAAACAUGAGAGACACAACUUCCUUUUUGAUGGUCUGAUGAUCAGCUGUAAGGCCAAUCAGAGUUCACGGCUCCCGGGAGCGGGUAGCGGGGCGGAGUUCCGUCUGAAAGAGAAGUUUGUUCUGAGGAAGGUCAGCAUUACGGACCGCGAGGACUCGCCAGAGCUGCGGAACGCUUUUGAACUGGUAGCCAAAGAUGAUACCCGUGCCGUAUUCUGUGCUCGGACAGCAGAGGAGAAGGAAGCGUGGAUGGCAGCGCUGGUGACUCUGCAAUACCGGUCUACUUUAGAUCGCAUGUUGGACACGGAGCUGCAGCAAGAGGAGCAGGCACAGCCUCUAAGACUGCCCUCUCCAGAGGUGUACCGUUUUGCGGUGCAGGACUCUGAGGAGAAUAUAGUGUUUGAGGAUAAAGUGCAGAGCAAAACAGGAAUCCCCAUCAUUAAAGCCGGCACAGUGGACAAGCUCAUAGAGAGGCUCACAUACCAUAUGUAUGCUGAUCCCAAUUUCGUUCGCACAUUUCUUACCACAUACCGAUCAUUCUGCAAGCCGCACGAGUUUCUCACCCUGCUGAUAGACAGGCUUACGAUUCCUGAUCCAGAACCAACAGACGAAGACAGACAGAUACUGAUGACCAAUGAUCAUCCGAUGGUAGCCCAGCUCCAAAGGUUCCGAAAGGAAUACGUACAGCCGGUCCAACUCAGGGUUCUCAAUGUUUUCCGUCAGUGGGUUGAACAUCAUUUCUACGACUUUGAGAACGACGCAGAGCUUAGAAGUCGACUAGAAGAAUACUUCACCACCAAAAUUCAACUGCGAGGCAAGUCCAUGAGAAAGUGGGUGGAGUCCAUCAAUAAGAUCAUCAGGAGAAAGAUGCAGCCUCAGACAAACGGCGUCAGUCCCAGCAUCACAUUUGAGAGCUCGCCUCCUCCCAUCGAGUGGCACAUCUGCAGAAGCGGCCAACUGGAGUUGUUUGACCUCAUGACCCUUCACCCCAUAGAGAUUGCACGUCAGCUGACACUGAUCGAGUCUGAGCUGUACAGAGCUGUUCGGCCCUCCGAGCUGGUCGGCAGCGUCUGGACCAAAGAGGACAAAGAGAAGCACUCUCCAAACUUGCUCCGCAUGAUUCGCCACACUACCAACCUUACUCUGUGGUUCGAGAAGUGUAUAGUGGAGACAAUGAACCUGGAAGAGAGGGUGGCGGUGUUCACACGGGUCAUAGAGAUUCUGCAGGUUUUCCAGGAGCUCAAUAACUUCAACGGUGUGCUGGAGGUGCUCAGCGCUAUCAACUCUGUUGCAGUCUACAGACUCGAUCACACCUAUGAGGCAGUACCAGAGAGGAAAAGGAAGAUCCUGGAAGAGGCGGCAGAACUGAGCAAGGACCAUUUUAAGAAAUACUUGGCUAAACUCAAGUCGAUAAACCCACCCUGUGUGCCUUUCUUUGGUAUCUAUUUAACCAACAUACUGAAGACGGAGGAAGGCAACCCAGACUUCCUGAAACGCCAUGGGAAGGAUCUGAUCAACUUCAGCAAGAGGAGGAAAGUGGCGGAAAUCACAGGAGAGAUCCAGCAGUAUCAGAACCAACCCUACUGUCUGAAAGUGGAGCCCGAGAUGAGGAAAUUUUUCGAGAACCUGAACCCAAUGGGUAACCUGAGCGAGAAGGAGUUUACUGACUACCUGUUCAGAAAGUCUCUGGAAAUAGAGCCUCGGAAUUGCAGGCAGCCUCCUCGAUUUCCCAGGAAGACCGUGUACAGUCUGAAAUCCCCGGGUAUCCGCCCCGUGCGAACGUCUACCUCUGGCACCCUAAAGGGCCACCCUGUCCCCCUGGAGAGGGAUCCCCCACAUAAGAUCACCUUCCGGAGUAUCAAUGAGAAUGAUUCGGAGUCGCUGGUUUCGGUGCCCACCUCUCCGAACACGCCCACUCCCCCACAGUCGGCCACUCCUGACUUUAGCUCAGUUUUCACAGAGCAAGACCAGCUCAGCAACUCCUACGGCGGUAGUAGCAACUCCAUAUUUGCUCCAAUUCUCCUGUUUACUGGAAAGUUACAGUCUGCGUCUUGUGGUAGCCUCCACCACCUCGGAGAGGAGCUAAAGCCACCACCUCUGCCGCCUCGAAGGAAAGACACCAUGUCGGACACUAAACUGAGCUCCAGGUCUGACAGCCCUCCUGCCAUCCCUCCCCGGGUGCCGCCUCCUCUGCACAGGAACCAGCCUCGACCCCCAGUCUACAACGGCCCUCCCACCGAUGGCCCCUUGCCCAGCCCUCCACCUCCACCACCACCCCGCGACCCCAUCCCAGACACGCCUCCCCCGGUGCCCCAGCGACCCCCGGAGAUCUUCAUCAACUACCCUGUCAACCAGCCUUCGCCCGUGGGCCGAUAUACCUGGGAUUACGGCAGCUCGCCCAGUUCCCCAAACACGCCACCCAGCACACCGUCCCCUCGCAUUGCCAGGCGGGGCUGCUCUCUCAGCGCCAGCCAGAAUAGCCUCUGCCCUCUCUCUAUUCCCACCUCCGCUCCACCUGUCCCCCCUCGCUACAACUCCAGCCCACACCUCCCUAAACUCCCACCAAAGACAUACAAAAGGGAGCCGCUACAGGCGCCAGUACAAAGCCUUUCGCUGGUGGAGAACACCGACAGCAGCCACUGAGCCAACUUUUCCUUCACCACCACCGAAAGGCAAACUUCAAACUUGCUCCUUCAAACUACAACACAGAUGACUCAAAGCUACUGAUCUGAAAGAAAAACACUGCUCAACAUACAAACUCCACCAACCCCCGCUGUGCCUCUCAGGGGGAUCGGUAGCUCCACCUCCAUCGUUAAAACCCGCCGUGCCAAUGAGAAACCCACACCGGUGUGCCAGCUAUUAAACACCAAGGAGUGUUUGUCGGCUUGGAGCGUUACCUCCUGCUCCUGAUGAUAAAAGUUCUCAUGUCUCACACACUUCGCUUACCCCACAGCCCCACAUCUCCGUCACCGGUCGGGAUGGCGGAGAGGAGGGGAGAAUGUGGGGACCUUGGAUUUUGUAGCUUCAACUGUCGUGCUUUUGUUUUCUUUUGGGCAUUGACGUGAUUUGGAGUCUUGCAGCUCACAGAUGUAGCUCAUUCACAGUGGCUGUAAGCAGCAAAUGUUUUCAUUGAUUUGUUUUUCCUAACUGAAAGCAAACAGUUGCCAAAGUCUUAUUUUUAUGCAGGGGGAUAAGGGAUUUUUUUUUUAAAUAAAUGUGACAUUAGCAGAAACACCAAGGAGGUGACACUGAAUCCCCUUCCCCCCUCACACCUUGUAUCUCAGCUGAACACUGUGACUGUAAGAACAUGAGUCAAUUUUUUUUUUCUUUUUGAAGACGGGCCUCUCCACAGCCACAAAACGUUGCCUUUAAAAAUAAAUAAAUCCAACAGCGUUGACCUCUGACCCCAGGCUCCAGUUCUCUCAGCGCAGUCUUGAAAACGAGAGCUGAGAACACUCCAUUUGCACAUCAGUUUUGGGCAACGUCAGCAGGUUUUGAUUGGACUUACUAAAUAAAUAAAACAUCCGUCUGCGCUGCACGACGGAGGGAAGUCUGCCACGAUAUCAAACAGCACCUCCAGGUCGAAGUCGAGGACUCCGACAUGUCCUCCUGCUCUUCAAAAGCCGAUGUCUUAACCGAACCCCUUAAGGAUGCGCGCUGCUGUCUGACACUGUGCUCCUCUCCAGAAGCCACCCUCAUGGCCAACUCUUCUUCUUUGGUAUUAAAACUUAGCACUGGAAGCACGCAUCCUCCCACCAAAGCUGGGUCUGCCCACGAGCCGCCGGUGGCUGCUCCAAAGACCUAAAAACAACCACCAAUCCAUGAAAAAGGAACUUUUUAACCCAGCUUCUUCUUCUUUCUCUUUUUUUUCUUUAAUUUGCUUGAAACAUUUUGUUUCCCUUUGAAAGACUGAAAUAAUCCUCGCAUCAUGCUCAAAAUGUGCCUUUUAUUUUGUUUUCUACUUCACAGAAAUAAGUAAACGGUGUCUAAAAUGCUAAAAAAAUAAAAUAAAAAUAAAGUUGCCUAUGUAAUGUUUAGAACAAAGCUAUACACUAUGAAAUUGUACAUGUUUGUGGAUACUGUGUGUAUAUAUAACAUGUAUACACUAACUAAAUAAUUUGUAUAAAGUGACAAGGGGUUUUUUCUGUAGUAUUGUACGCUCAUCCACAUCUGUUCAGUCAUAUAUUGCCUAAUAAUCCACUGCUGCCACAGUCUGAUAAAAAAGAAAAAACUCAGACGCAGGUCAACGUCACUAACUUACUCACAGACAAUCUCCAGUUUAUUAACUAAGGAAAGCCAUUAUUUCUUCCCCGCCCCUUAGGUGUUUCAAAGCAAUGAAAUUACAGUUCAGUAUGCCAAGCACUUAACGCGACCUUCACUUUGUACAUCCUACUAAUUGCCUUUUUUUUUCCUCCUCCAAGACUUUUUAAUGGCUACAUUCAUUAAACAGAGGUUGGAAUUGUUUUAAAGUUCCAGUUGAAUACAUGCAGACGUAAAUUCAACUGCAAGUAUUGGAGCAUAGUGAAUAAUUUGAAUUUUUAUUUCCUUUUUUUCUUGUUUUUUCUCCUGAGAAACACACUUUGUGCACUUUAGGCUGUACUGUUGAAGAGCCACAGUUGUUAUAGGUCAUGUUUGUAAACACAGUGGUCCUAUGCAACUGUUAAACCUGCUUUCUACGUGGAUCAGGGCAGAACAAACACACGUCUACCGCCUCGCUUUUAUCCCCCAUGCUGGGUCUGACAUGUUCGACCGCCGUGAGCAGAAUUGCUUAAAAAAAGAAAAGAGAAAAAAAAAGCCUCACUCGUGCCCUUUUAACUCUUUGCUUUUGCGCUGAAAGUACAGAGCCCCUCUAUUCCUCGUGCUUGAUGGCGGUGGAUAAUUCAGUUUUUGAUCCAACUAGGGAUGAAAGGCGUGCGUAGGAGCAUUUCUAUAAAGAGUAGAAGUGACUGCACUUGACUGUUUUUGCCCAUGUUUUUGUCCCAAGUUUCCCAUAUCAGGAUUGUUGGGGUUCAUUUCAGAAGAUUUUUUUUUUCCUUUUUAAACCCUCAACAGAACCUUUUUGGUGGCAAUGUAACAGCUUGAUCCAGCAUUUGGUUUAUUUGAUGGUAUGUGGCCUUUUAACUGCUUUGUAUUAAUGGUCUUGAUGAGAUUAAUAAAUCACCCAGUCUUAUUUUGUACUGAACUA